GAGAGGACCUGGCGUCGGCAGUGUCGCGCGAAACCCGCUCGGAGUGUCACGACGCCCUUCCGCUGGCGACGGAAAGGGAAAUCCACGAGGUCGGGGAGGUCGUUGCGAGUGACGGCUCGCUGUCGGAAAAAGCUUCCAUUACCGAGGGAAAUCUCGCGACAACUUCCUUCACGACAAAGAACGCAGGCGGUGUCAAAGGUGAAGGCAACCCGCCCGGCUGGGAGGGGGAGGCACGGCAGGAAUUGGGCGCUGCAGGAAGGACGGAGAGUGCGUCGUCGGACUCGAGGCGCGAGGCAGCUCCUUCACCGCGCCCUCCUCUCACAAGGGCUCGGCCGCUCUUUGGCGAUGACGAGCCCGAGACGCCCCCAGCCUCGGCCCCCCUCGCCGAGGACGUAGCUGUCCGCCCCAAAAGUGCCAGCCCGUCGGAUAAGAAGGGCGGCGAAAAGGAAGAUUCGUUAUCCUCCUACAAGGGCAGGAGGAACAGAAAGAAGGGCUACGCCUCGUCGUCCUCGCUGAGCCUCGAGAACCCGCUGCCGGAAAUCGCCGAGGACCCGCCCGCGCCGCAGCACGUGGUCGUGGACCUCACGGACGAAGGCGAGCACGUUCCCUUCGUGGCGGUGUCCGUGGAGGAUCCAGAUGAUCCCGACUCAUGGGAUCACGAAGAGGCCCUGAGCAUGAAGAUUCAGACUGACCUCGAGUCCCAAGGGGACAAGAUGGCGUCACGAUACCUCAGGUCGAAGGGAAUUCGCGUGCCGCCGCCGCGCCACCGCAGCUUCGGGGAGACCGUGGUAAACAUCAGUGCAGGUGAAGUGGACUGUGAAUACGUGAGCGAAAAUGAGAGCAGGGAGUUCAAUAACUCCUUUAAUCAAAGUGACGCGGGCGAAGGUGGAGGCAGGGGCAGGGCAGAGUUCCUCGGUCAUGAGAACUUGGCCUUCGUGGAGGACGAGCAGGACGCGAUCAGCCAGGAGGAGAAUUUCGCCUCUCCCGAGGAGCCGGACGCGGGUCCCGUGGAGCUGCCGAGGAGGAGCUCUGACCCGGAGGUGUCGUCCAGUGCCAAGAGUGACGAGGUGAAGGCGGAGGAGGAGCUUUUCCGGUCUGCCAGCUGUGGCACGGAGCUCGACAAAGUGCUCAACAAUCUGAGCGGCGAGCAGAGCCCAGUCUCGGGGACGCCCACCCUCAGGAAGAGGAGCAUCUCGAGGGGCCGCCAGGAGAGCAUCCACUCGGAGCCCGACGACACGAAAACGAAGGAGGAGACGCCCGAUUCCGCUAAAUGGGUGGGUGUCCAUGGAGGCCAGCCAAGUGAGGGCGCCCAGUCGGCCUCCCCCCUCCUCACUUCCCCCACCACGCCCCACAUCGUAGUGUCUCCCGAAGAGAACGCCAACUCCCAGAACGCCAAUGAUAAGCCGGUGCAAGAGGACGCUGCGCAGCAGCAGUCCUCGCCCCAAGCCAAUAAUGGCACGGGCGUCCCCAACGGCCAGUCCGCCCUUGCUUCGCAGCCGACCCCCGCCGUGGAGGAGAAGGAGCGCACGCGGCCCGAUAAGCUAACGUUGACCAUGAAUACCCUGGACCUCCCAGAUAGCCGCCACCCCUCACUAGAUAUUGGUGUGCGCCGUAACACCCGGCGUAACUCCAUGAGCGAAAUGCUCAAACGUUACGGAAGUCAAACCAACCUCCAAAGGACUCCCUCAACCAACAACAUCCGACGCAGUACCUCUCGGAACAGUCUAGUCUUAGAGUGGACUCAAGAGGGGAACGAUUCCCUCAUUGCUUGUCUGAGUGCCCUCUAUGGCAAGCUUCUAGUGGUGAUGGGCAUGGCUUUCCCAAUUGCAGAGGUCAUUUCACACGAUAUACCUGUCACUUUUUACAAUGGAUUCUACCUCUACUUGUACAUUGGGUCCAUAAUAUUCCUAGUGUACGCCUACAUGUUCCUCUUACGCGCAAUCAACCUCCCAACAGAACAGAUCAAGUCCAAGUUUCAUUCCCUGCGAAACUACAUGGCUAUGCCUGACUUACACAUGGUCUUCCCUCAUCGGAACUCUUCGCAGCAAGAGGGUACAGGUCGUAUGGCAAGUCGUGAGUCACACUUGUCAGGGGGCUCAGAACUAGACAAGGAGUCAGAUCGAGCUUCAGUCAACACGAUGAGCUUCAAGCCGGCCAAGUAUACUCUUACAGAAAGCAACAACCAUGGAUCUAUGUACCUCAAAAUGGGUGCAGUGUUGUUUGGAAUUGGCAGCAUGAUCUACAGUGGCUUGGAAGUUGGCCAGUACUUUGAAUUAAAAGGGGAUGACAACUGUGCUGAUAUUCUGCUGGCCAUUGCACCAGGCGCUCGAAUGUUGUUCACUUUCAUCCAGAUGUAUUUCAUUUUCCUCAAUUCAAGGGUUGCAAUUAGCCGACAUAGGAUUGUGGCAAGAUUUGGUCUUAUGCACAUGAUUGGGACCAAUCUGUGUAUAUGGCUUAAUGUUUUAGUUCAAGAAACUAAGCAUGAGAUCAUUAACUUGAAACUUGGCCAUGGACAGCAUCAUGGAGGAGGAAAUCUCUGGGCUCUAAUCUUGAGUGAAGGUGAGUUAGUAUCAUUAUAUUUCAUACUGAUAAGCAAGUUCCAUGACAAAAGACUAAUUUCAUUCUAUCUCCUUGCCAGUGUUGCAAGUGUUACAGUGGUGAUAGGGAUGAUUCAGAUGAGAGAACUGGAGUUUAUACCAGAAGGAGACAUCGAGCUUGACAACAUUCUCCUGCUCAUUGCUCAGACAGGAGUGUACAUUUACACUUCCUUCACUGUCAUUGGAGGCCACUUUACUAUGACAGAUAAUUUGAUUCUACCUCUCUUGUCUUCAAUUGUCACUCUGAUUCAAACCACUUUGCAAACCAUUUUUAUUUUGGAUGCCUCUCGUCGGUGCUGCUACAACCAUGAUCAGCUUCAGCGUAAACCGGGCAGAGAAAUGGUAACAUUCUUACUGGUAUGUAACUUAGCCAUGUGGGCCAUCAACACCUUUGAAACCUCCCGUGCUGAUGCCCAUCCAACCCAGCUGAACUUCUACGGCAUCUGGGCUUGGACCAUCAUCUCCCACGUGUCCAUGCCUCUUGCUAUCUUUUAUCGUUUCCAUGUGACAGUCUGCUUGUGUGAAAUUUGGAAGAGAUCGUACAAGUUAAAGAAUGACUACUAGUAUGCUAGAACUGAAGCAAGACAAUCUUGAGCCAUAUAAGUACAAAGGCAUACAUUUAUUUUAAGAACUUGUAAGAUAGUUUGAUGAAGAGCACAGAUACAUUCAUGUCUCAGAGAAUAGACUUGUGAGUUUUGGUAUAGGAUCAGAACUACACAUUAGGUAUUUGUAAAUAUGAAAAACUUCAAGUUAUUGUACAGUUGCAUUAUUUUGAUUAAGAACUGUAAAUAUCAUAACCAGUUUUUAGACAAGUGAAUGACUGAAAAAAAGUAAUUUGCACAUGGUUAAAAGUUUGAUUCGCAUCAAAUUUCAUUAAUUGUUUCCAAACCAGUCUCUGAUUCUAAUGGUAAUUAGUUUACUUUUUCUUGGAAUAUAUAGUUUUAUAACUAAUUCAUAAUUCUCAAAUGAUGCAGGAAAUAGUAUGAUCCUGGUAGGACUCAUUUUAUACCUAAUAUAUUUAGCCUAGAUAUGACUCACUUUAUCUAUUAUAGUAUUUCUUCAAUUUCUCUCUACAUGUAGAUAAUACUGUGAGACAUAUUGUUUCAUUUAAGCAGCAUUUGAAUCUGACGAACCUUCAUUUCUCUUGAAGAGAGAUUGGAGUGUUCAUUAUGGUCCUUUAUGCAGAGUACUGUGUAGAUAACCUGACCUUUUGACGUGUUAUAAAAUAUGAUGUCAAUAAGGGACUUCAUUCUCUAUAUGUAUAUAUUAUUCUACUAUUAGGUAUAUUUUAACUUACUUUCAUGAUUCUGUUAUCUUUGAUACAGAUUACUUAUUUUAUUAGCUGAUGAUGUUUAGGUAAGGCUCUAAAUGCAGCAGAAAACAUUCUUUUUAAUGUGCAUUUUACUUAGAUUUAGGUCAUAGCUGAUAUAGAGAAUGCAUAUAUAUCCAGUUCUUGCUUUAUUUUUCAUAAGAAACAUAAUAAUUGUACAGUAUAAGAAGAAAAUAGUGCAGUUCCUUAGGUCCAAUUUGAUCUUUUAAACUAACUUCCCCCAACACAAGCAGAGUUGGGCUUUAAGGUCAGACUAUGUUAUUUUUAAUGUACCAAUUUUAUCUUCUGACGUAGAAUUUAAGAUAUGAAAAUACUGUUGACCUUUACAGAGCCAGAACAGAAACUGUGAACACGAAGUAAAAUUUUAUGAAUAAAUGUAGUAUGCAAUGUACUUACAUCCUCAGAAUUUUCAAAAAGAGAAAUUGUCAGUUGGACAUUAUCAGAAAAUCUAGAAAGUUUUUUGCAAAAUCAUAAAUCAUGUUACAUAUGUAUGUAUGUUAUUUAUAAAGGAUACUAGAUAUAAAAUAUAUAGCUAAUUUAUAA